AGGAGAAGCCCGAGCCCGCGGUGCGCACUUUGUGCUUCAUCUGUCCGUCAUACAGAUCGCACGAUCGGUCCCCGAUACGCAUACGCUCCUCCUCUUUCUCUCCGUCUUCCGCACUUUCCCUCUCGUUAUUGUCCGCAUCCGGUGGCUGCAUUUGUUGCGACCGCAUCCACUGCUUCGGUUCGUACUCGUGCGUCGCACUCUCUUCGCAUAACCCCGGCCGAACUUUUCGACAAGUUGGACUCUUCACCUACGCGACAGCGCACAGUUCGCAGAUCGUGAGGAGCCUUGGCACGUACGAAAGAACGUAGGACGAUUCUGAAGACAUUAAAAGAGUAUUUGCCAAAAGGGUCCAAAGAUGCCGCUAUCGGAAUUUCGCAAGAAAAAAUUACUCUUCGUCUUCAACGCUUUCUUUGAUGUCAAUCAGAGCGGCACCAUCGACAUAAAGGAUUUCGAUCUCGCCGUGCAACGAAUCUGCAACUCCAGGCAUUGGAAACUGGAAGACCCAACGUCGCAGCACAUUAGAGACACUUUGAAUAAAGUUUGGGAAGGAUUGAGACAACGGGCCGAUGCUGAUCAGGAUGGACAGAUCAGUCGAGACGAGUGGUACUCGAUGUGGGAGGAGUACGCGAAAGAUCCGGCGCACGCACUCGAAUGGCAACAAACAUACAUGAACUUCAUGUUCGAUCUCGAGGAUUCUUCCGGUGACGGAUCGAUCGACGAGACCGAGUUCAGCAAGGUGUGCAGCAGUCACGGCGUCGCGGAGGCAGAGGCACGCGAGGCGUUUAAGAAAUUGGGGGUGGGCACGGAAGUGACUCGCGAGAAAUUCGCCGACCUGUGGAAGCAAUACUUCUGCUCCGACGACCCGAACGUACCUGGAAACUUUAUAUUCGGGAAGACUUCUUUCUAACUCCGCCACUCCGCGAAAUCGAAUACGCGCAUAUACAUAUAUACAUAUAUUUUCGUCCUUACAGACAGAUUAUUUUGUGUAAUCGCGUGACUUGCUAAAGAAAGAGAGAGCCGCGGUCCUCGUAACCCGCUAGACAAAAUUCUAUUUCGUUCACCGCUCAUCCAUGUAUUCGUAUCGAAACAAUGUGAAUGUAAUUAUAACCGAACGAGAGAAGUUUGCAUAUUAUCUGCUCUCUAUUUUGAUUUUAUUUUCUGUCGCGGCGUGAUUCCGACCGAAUAACGUGCAACCGCGUAAAACGACGGCUUGUACAUGCAGUUUUAUUCACCGUGUACUGAAUAUUUUUAUUGCACCUGCGCUCGAUUGCGACAGAAUAUAGAGCCGACAGAAUUGAAACUGCAUUGCAACGCUUUCCUUCAUUGCUGAUAUAAUCCAUUUGUCCCUUUGACGGCAUUUGCAACGUUCGCCAGUCCGAAAAUUAGCCGGCUUUGCGUUUAUAAACAUCCGAGAGCAUUCGACGAAGUGUUUCCGAUCGAUCUGCCGAUAGCGUUGAUUAAUGUCUUCGACUGCGGAAUCUUCCCCCGCAAUAAUGUCACAGCAAACACGUGCUGAACGUUCAGAUUGAGUACUCAUCUUUACGGCGCAUAUCGAUCCGUCAUCGUCGGCGAGCUAAUUACGCCACGUAGCGUGUAAAUAAACGCCUUUGCGAAUUAUAAAAGCGGUUACGCUGUUUCGAUACGACGAGAGCGAGAGGUGAGAGGCGAUUCAAGUGCUUUUCCUCGCGUGCAGUUACAUUCACCAGGGGGAGGGAAGGGACGAAGGGUAGCCGAUCGUAAAUCCGUGCGAGGGAAAGCAUCCCUUUCUCGUUUCCGCCUAUCCCGUUUCCACGUUUGACGAUCCCGGACGGAUUAUGAACGACACUCGGUCGUACAAUUCGCCGAAACUGAUUGGCAUUUCGCGGCAGGGGAAAGAGAGGAAGAGAAAUAGCGAGAUUUCCCUCCGGCCUGCGAAAGAUAUUUUGAGAAGCGAAAACAAACGGUGCCCGCGCCAAACGCGCGCACCUCUUCGUGCAGUCCUGGUAUUCUUUUCCCGAACAACCACGGCCUUCGCUUUAUGUUUCACGGUAAAGACCCACUUUGAUUCUUCCUGUAUGGUUGUGCUUCGAGGAAUAAAAGCCCUUUUUUUGCAAGUUUAUUUCGCCCGUACCGGCAGAAUUCGUAUUCGUUUCGGCAAAAAUCACGGCGUUUUUGUAUUCCCGAAGAGAGGGAUUUAAUUGCUACGGAAAGAGAGAGAGAGAGAGAGAGAGAGAGAGGACUGUAUGCGAUGUGUAUGAUGUUCCGGCAACAAAAAAAAAGGGAAGCUAUGCACGAAGGAGAUCGAUAAACGCGCGCUACUCGAUUAAUGACCAUUCAACAACAUUGCGAUGAUGCGCGGGAUUGUUGUUACAUUCUGCGCUGUAUCACAAAACCUGUGUGCAUUUGUUAGUACUCGUUGGAACGAAAAUUGAAUUUUAUAUGGUCACGCGAUCAACUGGUGAUUAAUUUCACCAUAUUGAUAUUUCAGCGUUAAUUGCUGUCGCAUUAUGUUACGGAUUUGCGGCGAAAAUGUCGCCGUAUAACCGAUGUCAUUGUUUGUAUCAUCGUAAAUUAUACAGCCAGAAGUGCAUUCGUCAAACGUUGUAUUAAAUUAACGAUAGGUGUUCCGCGGGAAUUAAUGAUUGUUGUAAUAAAUAAUGGAUGUGCAUCGUGUUAUAUAGGGGCAACCGAAUUAUUAUUUCCAGAAAAUGAUAUGUGUGAAUAUGAUUUGCGUGUUCCGCUGAUGAUUUCUACAAUCGACAAUGGGCAUUUCGCGCAGUUAACACAUCGCUACACUAGAUAAAUUGUAUUCUUUAGAUUCGCUUUGAUUAUCGAUCACUGCCCGUAAAGAGACAAACACGAUAUAUAUCGAAGCAGUGUAUGUAUUCAGUCUACCAAAUGUGUAAAUAAUGACGAAUCACGACGAGGUGUAUUUUCCGUACUUGUUAGAAAGUGGAUGUACUGAUAAUCGUUGAACUCUCGUCCGCCACUGAGUCACUGAACAAACGCGGCUAUAAACUAGAGAGAAAUAUGCAUGUAAUGAAACAUUGCUGUCAAUUGCGAAUAUUCAGGCACGGGUUUAAGCGAUACGUUUAAUUUCAGAGGAACGAUCAAUCAGCGCGCGGAUCUAUGUCCGUAAUUAUAUAAUAAAGUGUCCCGUGCAUUGUCCCUACAUGACGGUUUCGAUUAACUGUCACAUGCGAUAUUGAGAUAAUCACAUUAGCAAAUUUACGAAUUACAAUUCACUUUUGUCGCGACGCUAAAGAGUUGUAUGAUUUAUUUGACGCGUUGGAGCUACUUUCGCGAUUCUUCUCCAUCGAAAAUUAAAUUGCAUCCUUCUUUUUAUAUCGCAGAGUUUUUUAUUUUUUAUAAUGAUUUCGUUUUAUUAUUUGUUUCAUUACAAAAAUACUUUAGUACAAACGUGUGUCAAUCUUAAAGAAGAAGAAUCAAAACGUCUUAACCUGUGCCUGCAAUAAUGUAUAUGGUUCUCAUGUUGGGGGAAACACAACAUGCUUACUUGUUGUAAUAGACAUGUACGUACUAUUUCCGUUCCUAAAAGAUGCAUAUAAAAUAUUAUAUAAAUAUCACAGUAUGUCCCUGUACGUGAAAGAUUGACGAGAAAUAUAAAAUAUAUACUGUACACAAAA